AUGACAAAUCAUCGUGUUGUUAAAACGGCACUCAACAAUGGGCAAACUGUAUCGCUGGUAGUGGCUGGCACAGGAUGUCCUGGUCCUGUGCCUAAUAUGCUUGAUCAUCCGCAUGGAAUUUUCGUUGAUAAUCAAUUCAACUUAUACGUAGCUGAUACAGACAAUAACAGAAUUCAAUUCUUUGCACCGGAUCAAAAAAACGGAAUAACAAUGGUUGGUUACGGAGCAAAGGUGCGAUUUAUACUUAAUAGACCUACCAGUAUUGUACUCGAUGGUGAUGGUUAUCUAUUUAUUGUGGAAAGUCAAAAUCAUCGAAUCAUCCGAUCAAUUCCAAAUGGAUUCAAAUGCUUGGUUGGAUGUUCUGGUAAUAGUGGAGCAACAUCAAGUCAAUUGGACUAUCCACAAUCAAUGGCUUUCGACACAACUGGAAACAUAUUUGUGAGUGAUUUCAACAAUCAUCGAAUUCAAAAAUUCCAGUUAACUAGAAAUUCAUGUGGUAUGUCUAUUUCUAUUUGUGACUGA